CUGACACCUAUCUAUUUCUAUCGAAGAGGCACAACAAGUGUGAGAGGGAACUGUGGGCAUGGCGAAGUUCAACCCGAAAGGGCGUCUACUUUGGUCCUGAUUUCGGCUAUCGUGUAGAAUUUGCAUCACCUAAAUCAAAUGAAGUAGGGUGACAGAGUAUUAAUCUUGAUUGAGGAGCCACCAGCACAACUGUGCUUUUCUGUUUUUUAUUGGAAUUUAUAAACAGCUGUUGAAUACUAUAAACACAAUGCAAGCUGCUGGAACUGAUUGGCGGAUCUUACCGGAAGACCGUGCAAAACAUGACGCUAAAUUUUUUGAACUGAAACCACUAAAUGGCUACAUCACAGGUGACCAAGCGAGGGAGUUCUUUCUGCAGUCUAGGUUACCGCAAUCCGUAUUAGGUCAUAUAUGGACAUUAGCUGAUUUUAACCAAGAUGGCAAGAUGGACAAACUUGAGUUUUCAAUUGCUAUGUUCCUCAUUAAGAAGAAAUUACAAGGUAUUGAGCUUCCCAAUACUCUUCCACCUUCAUUGAAGCUUCAGCCGCCGAUGUCAAUGGGGUCGUUCAAUAUGAGUCCAAUGCACGGAAUGGGUGGAAUGCAGCCAAUGGCGGGUAUGCAACCAAUGAACAUGUCUAGUUCAUUUGGAGCACUGCCCUCUAGUGGUAUGCAUAUGUCCGGCUCAAUGAUGCAACCAGUACCUACCGCUACCAAGAGCGUACCCAUAAUGGGCUCACCGAUGGGGAUGCAAGCUGGAGGGGUUCCACCAGUCGUAGGCUCUCCAGAUUCUAGGUCUAGAAGUGGGUCUCUUAGUGCUGAAUGGGCAAUCCCCCAUCCAAUGAAACUUAAGUACAAGCAGAUGUUUAAUCAGAACGACAGACAGAGGAAGGGGUAUCUGACUGGUGUUGAAGCAAGGGCAAUUCUACAGAAAUCACUACUCUCUAACGUAGCGUUAGCAGAAAUAUGGCGGCUGUCAGACAUUGAUAACGAUGGCAAGCUUACAUCUGAGGAGUUUUGUCUUGCAAUGCACUUAGUUGAUGUCGCCAAGUCAGGGGCGCCCCUUCCCAAAACUUUACCGCCAGAACUCAUUCCACCAUCCUACAGACGAGGCUUACCACCUAUAGGCAAUGCAGUUGGUGCUCCACCUCCACUUUCGCCAACUAUUGUUAAACAGGGCAGCAUAGAAGCUGACAACAUGCUCAUGGAUGAUAAACCAAAAAUUAUUAGUCUAGAAGAGAAGAAAAAAAUGAACUUUGACCGAGGUCAACAGGAGCUGGAACGGAGACGAGCAAUGUUGCAAGAAGAACAAAAGAAAGAAAGGGACAGGCAGGAGUACUUAGAAAAACAGGAAUUAGAAAGAAAAGAGAGAAUACGGAUGGAACAGGAAAGAAGACGACAAAUGGAAUUAGAAAAACAACUUGCAAGGCAGAGAGAAAUAGAAGCGGAACAAGAAGAACAAAGGCGUAAAAUAAUGGAGCAGAGAGAGGCUGCAAGGAGAGAGAUGGAAAGGCAGAGACAUCUAGAAUUAAUUAAAAAUAAGAAACAGGAGCUAGAGUCCAUUAGGAUCCGAGAACAAGAAGAAGUUCGACAUUUAAAGGGGAAGAUAAAAACGUUACAAUGUGAAUUAGGAACCUUGGAGGAUAAAAAGAAUGAAUUGACUAGGUUGUCUGAGGAGAGUAAGAAUGGCGUAACCGGUCACCAUACCUCCAUCAUACUAAUGUCACAGAGCAGAGAUGUCAAAGUCAGUGAUAUUGAUCGACUACAACAAGAAAUUCAAGAUAUUAGAAAACGGAAGAUGCUUGCUGAUCAGGAGAAAGAGCAGUUGCAAAGCUCAUCAAAACUCAUAAAUAAAGAUAGUGGAAUAUCGGAUACUUACAAAACUGUUAUGCAUAGCUUAAAAAACAAAAAAUCAACAAUGGAGAAAUUAAAAGAGACCCUCUCUCAAGUGGAAACGGACACAGCGACAUCCUUACGUACUAUAGAUGUUUCCAACAGAUCACUAAUAGACCUCCAGGCAACUUUAAGCAAAGAACAGUCAGAGUUAGAGAAUUUGCGAAGAAAAUACAAUAUUAGAUUAGACGCUGCAAAGCAAAUUGAAAGUACACGUAAACGGGAUGGCGAAAUGGCAAUGCAGGCAGAGAGAAAGAGGAUAGAAGAUGAAGAUAGAAGGAAGAAAGCCGAGCAAGAAAUGAAGGCAAAGGAAGAACAGGAGCGGCGGAGAAAGGAAUUGGAGAAACAGCAACAGAAUUCUAAACUUGAGGCAAUAAGGAAAGCGCAAGAGGUGGAAAAACAGAAGAAGGAAAAUGAGAACAAGAAGCAACAGGAGACAGAACAGAGCAAAAUUGCAGCUAAGCCUGAACCCUUUGCUGAUUUUGGUGCUUUUGGGAAUGACCCCUUUGCAGAUACUGGAGAUCCUCCAAGUAAACCUCCAAAUGCCAAUGACCCAUUUGCAUCAGUCUUUGGAGGCCAGUCAAUGUUUAAUACAGACUCCAAGAAAGAUCCAUUCUCUGCUUUUGGUGUAUCAGGGAAGUCGACAAGUAUCACAGAAAAUAAAUCAGAUGUAUUCUCAAACUUCUCUGAUUUCAGUUCUGCAAAGUUUGAUUUCAAAAGCAGUACAGAGGUAAAACCCAGCAAACCAACCCCAGCAGCUAGGAAAUCUCCUGUUAAGGCAGCUAAGUCAAUAUCACCAAAGAUUCCCUCCUCCUCAGACGAAAAGCCAGGCGAAUUGUUUUCUAAGUAUAAAGCUCUGUUUGCGUUUGGUGGUGAAGAUCCCGGCGAUUUGGUAAUGAAACCGGGAGAUAUCAUUCUGGUUGAAAAAGAUCAAACAGCAGAACCUGGUUGGCUCGGUGGACAGAUCAAUGGCAUGUCAGGAUGGUUCCCAGAGAACUAUGCAGAGAAACUGCCAUCUGGUCCUGCAAGUCCGGAACCUACUGCUCCAAGCUUCACUCCAGAGACCACUGCAGCUCCCAUCACAACAUCCAUCUCAGAAGCAUUUCCCACUUCAAACAGCAUUUCAAAUACUUUUGAAGCUGAUUUUGGUACUGAUAACUUUAAAACUGAUAGUAAUUUUGGAACUGAUAAUACUUUUGGAACAGAUAACAACUUUGGAACUGGUAGUUCUGAUGGUGGUUGGGCUAACUUUGGUAGCCAACCACAGACAACACAAGAAAGUAUUUAUGACACUCUUGGAGCUCCAAAACCCUUAGAGGUAUCAAAACUAGAAUCAUCACCAGUCAGUUCUUCACCUUUCAAGCAAGUUGUUCCAUCAGAAACAACAGCACCAGAGUUGUCAACUGUUAACUCCAAUGCUGUGUAUGCACAAGCAGUUUUUGUAUGGAAGGCCAAAACAGACAACCACUUGUCAUUUGAGAAAGGUGACAUCAUAACGGUAACCGAGCAACAAGAGAUGUGGUGGUACGGGAAAGUUAACGGACAAGAAGGCUGGUUUCCAAAAUCCAACGUCAAGCUCAUUGCAGCACCAAAUAAAGUAAAAACUAAUGCACCAGAAAUAAAUGUUGAUAAGGUUGAGAGAACAAUCACUCCAGCUAAUGCAGAAGUCGAAUAUGUCACACUAUACACAUUCUCUUCGGAGGAACCAGGAGAUCUUAACUUUGAAGCAAAUGAAACCAUUUAUGUUACCAGUACUGAGGGCGAGUGGUGGACAGGUAGAAUAGGCGAUCAGACAGGUAUUUUCCCGUCGAACUACGUCCAGAAGGCCGAGGGCGGUAAGCAAAAACUGGCACCAUCCUUGCCUGAUUUCACUGCAAAAGGAGGAACAUUACCAAAGAAAGAGAUUGCAAAAGUCAUUGCACCUUACCAGGGUACUGGACCUGAACAGCUUACACUCGGUGUUGGGCAAAUGAUUCAAAUACGCAAGAAAAAUCCAAGCGGUUGGUGGGAAGGUGAACAACAGAUACGAGGACAGAAGAAACAGAUAGGCUGGUUCCCAGCAAAUUAUGUGACCUUGUUGACCUCAGGUGGAAGUGGCAAGACAACUCCACUACAAGGUGCAACUUCACCUUUGACACUUGAUGUGAGAGCCACCACUCCUGCUGCAAAUAUGAUCUGCCAAGUCAUUGCAAUGUACCCGUACACAAGUCAGAAGGAUGACGAACUCACCUUCCAGAAGAACGUAGUGAUUAACGUGAUGAAGCAGGACGACCCCGAUUGGUGGGAGGGAGAGUUAAACGGCACUACAGGGUACUUCCCAUCCAAUUACGUACAAGUACUGAACGACUCAACACCUAAUAACGACUGACAUCAUUAAGUUCACCAAACGACUCACUACCAAAUUUGAGUUAGGAAAUACAUUUCUUGGAUGUGUUUUAAUCCUGCUAGCCGUGAUGCAAGAUGGCCUAUAUACCCAACAGGAAGAACCAUGGGAAGUAACCAAACAAAAAUAAAACACUGGUGCUGGAAUAUUAACUAAUUAACUGAUAUCCAUUUACAAUGGAAACAUUUUUAAGAAUGUAUCCUAACUGUAAAAUUUGGUAGUGGGUCGGUUGUUUCAAUCAAAAGCAUCUCCAGAACAAAAUGAGCAUUGUUUAUUUAAAAUUUUUCUUGAGAAAUUUAGAAAAAACUGAGAGAACUGAUGAAAUCAACCUUUGAACCUGCUAUCAAAUUGUCAAGGAUACUUAGUAUUGAUAUUAAUUUAUGCAAGAAAAUAACGAGGUUGAUUUAUCUGUACUCCAAAUAAGGGUAAAAAAAAAGUGAUAAUUGUUUAGAUUUUUGCUGAAUCUUUGUUGGCUGAAAACUGAAAAUACUGAUGAUUGGAAGAAAAUAUAUUGAAAGCAAAAUAAGACAUCUUUUAUUUGAAUCUUGAAAUUACUGAGACCCAUUAAUAUAUACAUUUAGUUUUUAAUAAAUUUAGAUUUUGAUUUUAAUAUAUUAACAUGGAACAUUUCUGAAUAACAAUAAGUUGUUAAAUUACUUUUGAAUAAUUAAUUAUUAUUUAUGAUGGUUUUUGUUUUCAUUUAUUAGGCAUAAAACACUCAAAUUGCAACAAAAGUUAAUAAAGAUAUUAUACAUAAUUGCCUGAACUCGUGUUCAAAUUAAACUAAAACAAAUGUUUAUGAAAUAUGUGUAAAGUUUAAUAAUAAUUUUUUUUUUUUUGUUUAGCAACCCUGACAUACUUGGAAAAUAGAUAAAUAUUAAUUUUAUUUAAAUGUUUGAUUUUGUAUCAUUCACUUAUAGGCUAUGAUCUCAUACUAUCUUUCAGUAUAUAUGUAAAGUGAUGAAUGAAGGAAUCUCACAUGUAUAGCAGUAAUAAUAAUAAUAAUGUAAAAUAACAUAUAGUUCUGUAUAGUAAAUAUUGUAAACUUAUUGUUCCAUCUAGAUUUAAGUACUUUAUUCCACCGUUAGUGUUUUUGUGAUCAUUAGCAUACAUUAGUACCGCAAGCAAUGCCUGUCAUAAUGUGUAGAGGGUGCAAUAGAUUUUUAGUACCAUUAUACUAGAUUUGGCACACCACUAGCUUUCGAGCAUCAUGUUCUUUUAUCACUAUGCACGUGGAGUGGUUUCUUAUAGAUCAAACAGUUACUUGAUUGAUUGAUUGAUAUUGAGGCCAAUGAUUGGCAGGUUUUUUUUUGGUACUAUAUUUUAACAAACUUAAUAACAAAAAGACACUCACUCAAAAAUGAAACUAGAUCAAGUGGAUUCCUUAAAAAGGAGCAGCUCGAUACAGCUUGUACACAAAAUGCAAUUCAACAUUUAGAAUUAUUCACUAAAGAUUUAUAUAAUAUAAAUAUUUAUAUAAGUUGGAUACCUAUUGAAUUCCUAUUUGCUGUGUAUCAAACUAAACACGUUUUUACUGGUUAUACUUACAUAUGUUUUAUGUUAUGUUUAAUUAUAGAAGGUGCAGCAUUAUUGUAUCAAAUUCCUAAAUUUGGUUAUCAAAUUUAAAAUGAAAAUAUAGUAUUAAAUAUUCAGUAUUUGUUAGAAGUUAUCUGUGUUUCAUGAACAUUUAGAUUCCCAAAAAUUGGCUGAAAAAUUCAUAAAUAAAACCAACAGGAUGAAAAACAUUAAUAUUGAUGUUUGUGAGCUAUUGAAAAAACCAAAUACAUUAAUAUCUUAAUCUCGUUUAAUCCAGUUUAACCUAGUUAAAUCUAGUUUAAACUGGUAUUUUUGGGCAAACGUGGUACCAACAACUUGUUCGAUUUCCUUAAAGAAUGGUUAGAGUAUAGCUUUGCUACUUCAAAGCUUAGCAAUUUAUGCAAAAUUGUCAUAAAUCAUAAAAACCAUUCUUGUUGAUUUACAAUAGUCAUUUUGCAUAAAUUCUUGAAAUUGAACACAAAUAUGAAAACAUCGUGGCUAUAUAAAUGUUAACAAAUUACAGUUAUGCUGUUUUGGCUCUCACAAGUAGUAGGUCAUAUUGUAGGUCAUAUUAACUUGUGAGCUCAUACGAAAGUAUCUACACAAGCAUACGCUGAGUUAACACUUCUUACCUUGAUUACGCAUAAGUAGUACUAUACUAUUGAAAUUUUUUGGAGUAGUUCGUUUGAAGGACGCUUGAAUUAGCUUAAUAUAUAUUCCCGCUUCACGAGCACUGUAGGGCUUACAAUCUUUUACGUCAAACUUAAUACUUUUUGAGUUUAUGUUGUCUGGAGAUGUUAGAGCAAGACAAACAGAAUUUAUAACAACACUUAACGCUUCCUAUGUGUGUCCCAAUGCAAUGAUGUGAUCAAAAAUAUCAAAAUCAAUUGGUUGUGAUGGGAAUAUUUUGAAAGGUUUUUUGUGGGUUGUGGUUCUUUUGUUUUUUUGUUUUUUUAGCACAAACUGAAGUGUUUUGGGGUUUCAUUUUAGGUGGAAUUUAUGUGAUUAGUUACAGUUACACGAAAAGUUAUGAAAUGCAUCAUAUGAUAAUUCACUAAAUAACUAGGCAAGUAAAUUUUGUAACUUAUCUUUAGUAAAGUUAUUUUGUCUAUGUCUUAUAUUCUGUUAUGUGAACAUGCAAUCAAAAGCAAUUAGAACAGUGUACAAGAAAUAGUUUGAAAAUGUACCAUACUAUAUUUCAGUUCAAGGUUCGAUUUAUUCAUCAUAUAGAUAACUUACAUGAUCGUCAAAAUAAAAACAUCAAACAUCGUCAAAAAUAAAACAUCAAACAAAUAUUGAAUUUAAUUUUUAAAAUUAUCAAAUGUCCAAAGGACAGAAAAAAGACUGCGAGACUCUACAAAAUUUUAACAUUAAAUAUAUAAAUAGAAAAUUUUGCUCCUAUUGCAAAACACAAGACCUAUAAUAUAUUAGAUGAAAUAUGUUGUAAACUUAACGUAUUUUAUUAUUUUUUUUUUUUUCAUUUAUAAUGAAAUUAGCAGUUCAUAAUAAUUAUUAUUUCUAUGUGAUGAUAGUAUUAAGUAUCCAGUUCCGUGAUUGACACAUUUUUAGUAUUAAACUUAAAUAAUAUUUUACUACUUAUUAUUUUAUAUAUAUCAUUUUGUGAGUCAGGGUAUCAUAAGUAUUAUUUCGAUUUUGAUAUUACUAAAAGAUUUUUUUUGAAUUUAUCUUUCAUGCAAAACUAUAAACACCAUUUAAGGAAAUUGAAAUAUUCAUUUGCGCUUCUAUUGAUUGCAUUCUGUUUUAGCUCAAUGCAUAUUGUUCAACCUUAAAGCAUUCCCAUUCCAAUACUGAAAACUUGCGGUCGUUCUCAAUAUAGAUAUCUCUGUAGGUAUUCCAGCCACUCAUGUUUAUUCAUGCUUAUUAAGACUUGCUUCUGGUUAUAUAUGAUAAUAGCAAUGGAGAAAGAUUGCAACUUGCAUAUAAUGUCCAAAGCUACCUUCUGUAUUUGUUUGUGUCUUUUUUCUGUAACCCUUGACCUUACCUGGAAUGCACUGGUGCUUAAAAUUGUAUUCAAAUUGUGGUGAUAUUCAAGCAUUUUUGAUACGUAAUAUCUAUCAUAUUUUACAUCUUUAAUUUUUUUUUUAUUUUGACAUUUAAAAAAGAUUAUGCCUUUAAUAUACAAUGUGUGUAAACUGUAUGUUUCUGAUGAAGGCAUAGUCAGAAUAUUUACCAUACUAUUCCAAGUUUUAUCUAAAAUGUGUAAAAAUCAAAAUGAAUUUAAGUUUGUAUUAUAUAUCAUUUUAUUUAGCAAUUACAUUUAUUGUUCUAUGUUGAUGAUGUAAUUAGCUCUUAAUCACUUCAGAAUAGACAACUAUUAAAAAAAUAAUAAUUUGAUUCAGGUUAGCAAAUAGAAUAAAUAACUUACACAGUACACAUUCAUAACAUAGGCUAUUUCUAUUAUAAAUAAACAUAAUGAAUUCAAUAGCUUUAUCUAUUAGAAACUUAUAAAUAUGUAUUUAUAUAUAUAUCUUGUUAAAUUAUAUAUUUUACCAUAUAAAUGUAGUAAUUAGCUAUUAGAUAUAUGAUUUGACUUUCCAUCAAGAUGUUGGAUUUCUUACAUUUAGUAAUUGAGUAGUUAGUAUUAUGAUAUGGAUUUACUUCAUUUCAGUACCUAAGAUAUAAUUCCUUUAUGUUGCUGAUUGUUAUACAAAUUAACUGUUAUUAUCAAAGCAAAGUAAAUUGUCUUAAUUUCUUGUGAUACUCCUUAACCCUCUUGUGUUAAAACUUGUCAAAUACAUGAUUGCAGUAUUAGUGAAUAGGAAUUUCAUCAGUGUUCAUAUCAGUGUUAACCCUCUAAUUAUGAAACUUGUCACAAGAGGGCAGUAUAGUAUAUCAAGGCACCUCCAUGGGGUGGUGUCAGAUUCAUUUUUAUAUACCCUGGUUUUGAAACCUGAUACAAGAGAAUAUUACACUUUUCAAUUAGAUAUUCUCACCAAAAUGCCUGUGCUUGCGAUUUUAUUAACAUUUAACAACAGUAAUAUUUAAUGAAUUAAAGUUGAAUGGUAAAAUAAA